AUGCAGACCUCGACUUUUCUCAUACUGCUCUAUAUUCCUACCUCAUAUGUUGCAGCCAUACAUCUAUGGGCUCACCCCAUUGGUCGCUACAAAACUAGAAGAGAUGACCCCAGAGUGAUUAAAUCCAGAAUACGACGCGUAAUGCUUGUGACAGCAUUGAACCUGUUACUUAUACCUUGGUUUCUUGCUGCUUUUGGGAACCACUCUUUCAUCAGCGCUUUUCUAUCCAUUGGUCUAAUCCCUGGUGUCUAUUUGAGCCUUGACGGUACCGUAGUUCAUUACGAUAUUCCCCGAUUCAUCGAGAGUAUUCUGAGCUGCUUGAAGUUGGCAUGCAUUUUGUAUAGUGGUCCAUUAUUAGAUAAUGUCUCUUACUAUCUGCUAGUCCCCGAUGCCAGCGUGUUCGAGAUGUGGUCCGAUGUACGAGACGAAAUCUUCACUAUAUGGGGUUUUCGAAACUAUAUUUUUGGGCCAGUCACAGAGGAGAUCUUUUUUACUGCGAUGCUAACCAACUGCCAUAUACUAACCAGUCCUGAUCUUCCGACGCAGACAUCAGUAUUAUGGAUUUUACCUCUGUUUUUCGGUCUUGCUCACGUACAUCAUGCUUGGGAACUACAUUCUACUGGUCUGUAUGGCCCUGGGCAGGUCAUCUUAUCGACGCUAUUGCAACUGACCUAUACUACAAUUUUCGGUGCUUUCACCAAUUUCAUAUUCCUGCGCAGUGGCGGCAAUCUGUGGUGUUGCAUUUUAUUACACUGCUUUGCCAACUACAUGGGGCUACCUCAAGGCUCGGAGUUGGCUUCCUGUCUAGUGGCUAGUGGUGGAUCUACGCCUUUACGCAAGCUUUACGCCCAUAUCUGGAAAUACGCCUAUGUAGCGAGCUUGGUGGUUGGAAUUGUUGCAUUCAAAAACAAUAUUCAUGCCUCCACCUCAGGAAAGUAUUCAAUCGAACUUCAAUGA